AAGGAAAUCCUUAACACACCACUGUUGACAGUUCAUGAGGCAUCUGUGGAGGAUCUUCUCUUGAUGGAGCCAGAACCAGACCAUCCUGGGAAAUGCCAGGUCACAGGAGUCGUUCUGGGGGAUGGGAGCACAGUACAUGCUGGGAGUGUUAUCCUGACCACUGGUACAUUUCUGAGGGGUAUGGUCAUCAUUGGACUGGAGAUGCACCCGGCUGGGCGUCUGGGAGACCAGCCAGCCAUUGGGCUGGCUCAGACUUUGGAGAAACUGGGAUUUGCUGUGGGCAGGCUGAAGACUGGGACGCCGCCCCGACUUGUCAAAGAUACAAUUGACUUCAGUGGUCUGGAGGAACGUGCAGCUGACAAUCCUCCUGUGCCGUUCAGCUUCCUCAGCGAGUCUGUGUGGAUCAAGCCAGAAGAUCAGCUGUCAUGUUAUCUGACUCGCACUACGCUGAAAGCCCAGGAAAUUAUCCAUGAUAACCUCCACCUGAACAACCAUAUAAGGGAGACAACAAGGGGGCCGCGGUACUGUCCCUCUCUUGAAUCAAAGGUUCUGCGCUUCCCAAACCGAGAACAUCAGGUGUGGCUGGAGCCUGAAGGCUUGGAGUCCAAUGUCAUUUACCCCCAAGGCAUGUCCAUGACGCUGCCACCGGAGCUCCAGGAGCAGGUGAUCAAAUCCGUCCCAGGCUUGGAGAAAGCCAAGAUGUUGCAGCCAGGCUACGGGGUGCAAUAUGAUUUUUUAGAUCCCCGUCAACUGACUGCUUCUCUUGAGUCUCGUCUUGUUCAGCGCCUCUUCUUUGCAGGCCAGAUAAAUGGCACGACAGGCUAUGAAGAAGCGGCAGCUCAGGGUGUGAUUGCUGGGAUCAAUGCUUGCCUACGGGUUCAUGGCAAGCCCCCUUUCAUCGUCAGUCGCACUGAAGGCUACAUUGGUGUCCUGAUCGAUGACCUUACCACUCUGGGCACCAGCGAGCCAUACCGGAUGUUCACCAGCCGGGUGGAGUUCCGCAUGUCCCUCCGGCCUGACAAUGCCGAUGCCAGGCUCACUCACAGAGGUUUUGAAGAAGCCGGGUGUGUGUCACAGCAGCGAUAUGAACAAGCAGUUAAGAUGCGAGCUGCUUUGGAGGAUGGAAUUGCAACCCUAAAAUCCCUUCAGUUCAGCGUAUCCAAAUGGUCCCAUUUAAUACCAGAAGUUCCCAUCAGUAGCAGUCGAAGGUCACCUGUUAGUGCCUUCGACAUCCUUCAAUAUCGAGAGGCCAACAUGGAGGUUCUGGCAAGGGCUGUCCCAGAGCCCCUGGGAAAGCUUGCUCAAUGGAGAGAAUUGGCAGAGAGAUUGAAAAUAGAAGCUGCUUACGAGUGGUGUGUAGUCAAUCAACAGCAGGAAAUAGAAGAAGUGCGUCAUGAUGAAGCCCUCCGACUGCCAGAGGACCUAGAUUACUUUGCCAUUGAUGCAUCGCUCUCAGCAGAGGUGCGGGAGAAACUGGACUCCAACCGUCCGCAGACGAUUGGUGCAGUCAGCCGCAUCCCUGGAAUUACACCAGCUGCUAUCGUUAACCUGCUAAGAUUUGUGAAAACCAAUCACCAGAAGACAGAGAAGCUAAAAGCGUUACCUCAGACUGGCAAGUAUUUACCAGGGAAAAUGCACUCAGAGAAAGCAACUUCCCAAAGGCAGAUUUCAGCAGAGUUUUCUGAAGAGGAGCCAGAGAGUACCUUUGUUAAAACACCUUUAUAG